GUCGUGUAGAAUAUUUAAAUCAACUUGUGCGGAUUGAAGGUCCCCCAUUACCUCCCGAGAUUGAGGAAACAAAAAAUAAGAAAGCAAUUGAACGAUCCUUAAGACCAUUUAUUUCUGGAAAACUUGUAGGAUAUAUGAAUCAAGAUAAGAAAAAAGGUUGUGAAUUUAACUUAUCUGUUGAUUAUAUCUUUGUAUUAAAAGAUUUGCAAAAAAAUAAAUAUGAAUUAUGCCUCAAUGAAAUGUUGUGGAAAUGGGAUGAAGCUGAAAAUCCUGAUCAAUGGACGGUAGAUCGAAUUAAUAAUAAAUUAGAUCACAUUGAAGGAAAUAUAUGUCUUGUCUGUCUUGAAUGCAAUUGGAAUC